AUGGAAGACGUAUCUAGACGGGCGAGAACGUCCGUGGUUCAGGCACGGGUUUCCGCGGACGUGCAUCGGACGGAGGAGCGUGUUCGGACGCCCAAGGAGAGUGCCACUCCGCUCGACGUUCCGAGUCGGAGCUGGGUUCCCCUCUACAGAAACGACGGUUCAACAUUUCGGACAGCGCCGGACGAACAAUUGUCAGGAAAGACAAGCGCAGGGCGUUCGGACGGCUUGACGCGGACGGUUGAAAUGGACGGGGCCGGAAGGGCGACCACGGAAGGGGCGGAGGCACAGCUGCGGGUCGCUCAGAACGGCAUCGGGGAGUUGCUGUCGCAGAUGCACUCGCUGCAGGAGCGCGUAGCGCGGGCGUCCGAGUCGGACGCGUCACGUGACGUCAGCGGGCGUGACGUCAGCCGGGGGGAUCCCCUCGAGAGGCUUGCGGAGACGUCGCUGGCGGCGUGCCUCGAGGGGUUUUUUUUUUUUUUUUUUUU